GGAAAAAAGAAACUAAACAUAUUCAAUAAAUACUAUUAUUAUAGUGUCUAUUUUUUUUUUAAAACUAAUAUAGUCAUUAAGAAGGAAUAUCAAUCACCCACCAAAGUUAGUAAAUUGGAAAAAAAGGCAUUUUGUGAAAGGCGAACAUAUAUAUAGUUUUAACUACUUGAAAAAUGGUCAAACUAUUCGCUUUGAGUAUUUUUUACAAAAGUCCAACAGAGGCACGGUUAUUAAAGUCGACUUAUGACUUACAAUCUUUUUCAUUUUUUCAAAGGAGCACUGUAGAAGAAUUUAUGACAUUUGCUUCGAAAACCAUAGUGGAACGUACUCAAUUGGCCAUGCGCCAAUCGGUAAAGCAAGAAGCUUAUAUGUGUCAUGUUUAUGUGAGGUCGGAUAAUUUGGCUGGUGUCAUAAUAGCAGAUCACGAAUAUCCGCAACGUGUAGCACAUACAUUAAUUACAAAAAUUUUAGAUGAAUUUACAGCUAAAAUUUCUUCAGACGUUUGGGAAACUGCUACGGAAAAUUCCAUUGACUUCCCAGUAUUACCAGCUUACUUAGCGCGUUAUCAGGAUCCUAAAGAAGCAGAUGCUUUAACAAAAAUGCAAAAUGAUUUGGAUGAAACAAAAAUAAUCUUAAAAAAUACAAUUGAAGCAGUUUUAGAGAGAGGUGAAAAACUUGACGAUAUGGUUAUUAAGUCCGAAAAUCUGUCAAUACAAAGUAAGGCUUUUUAUAAAACGGCAAAGAAGACCAACUCAUGUUGUAGUUUUAGUUAAAUAUCCAGCAGAAUAUAUAAAAAGAAAAUCACAAAUAGUAAAAAACCGAUUUGUACGCUUCGGAUGUUUUUUUUUCUUUUUUUUUUUUUUGUUAAAACAAAAAAAAUACUAUAAUUUUAAGUUUAUAAACCAUAUAGAAUUGGUAUAGAAAUGAUCAAUUUUAACUUGUAGUUAAUCAUUUUUCUCCUUCAACUUUCAAAUUAAUCCAUUCCAGUUUUUCUUCAUUUCCAGAGAAAUUUUUGUACAUCGAAAAUUAUUGUACAUAAUGUCAGCAUAAAUU